AUGGCAAACACACACAAUGCCAAUCCUGUCGACAACAACUGGGACCCUCCUCCACCCUACGAGGCGAUCUCCCCUGCAAAUCUAAACACAGCGGACUUGCCUUCCUCAUGCGUCCCGCCCUAUCCCGCUGCACCUCUUCCAGAAGUCUUGACUACCAAUGAUGGACGCGUGGAUGUCCGAGUUGGACAAAGAUUCAGCCGGAACGUGGAAUGGCUGAUGCGCCACAGCAGCGCCAGACAACCCACAGACGAACGCGAAACAUCUAGACAACGUCUCCGUCCAACAUGGAUCAUCAAACUCAACAUUGUCAUCCAAGUUGUCGGCAGCCGCGGCGACGUGCAACCCUUCAUCGCCCUCGGUGCAGAACUCCAAAAACACGGCCACCGCGUCCGACUAGCCACACACUCCACAUUCGAACACUUUGUGGCAAACAAUGGUCUCGAAUUCUACCCCCUCGGUGGUGAUCCCGCCGAACUAAUGUCCUACAUGGUCCGCAAUCCGGGCCUCAUUCCAAGCAUGAAAAGCCUGCGGGCAGGCGACAUCCAAAAGAAACGUGCCAUCAUCACACAGAUCUUGCAUGACUGCUGGCAGUCAUGCAUUGAACCUGAUCCACGUUCCGGGGAACCGUUUGUAGCAGAUGCGAUUAUCGCGAAUCCGCCUAGUUUCGCGCAUGUGCACUGUGCGCAGGCGCUGGGUGUUCCUGUUCAUCUCAUGUUUACGAUGCCGUGGACGAGUACGAGAGAGUUUCCGCAUCCGUUGGCGAAUUUGAGGUAUUCAGGGAGUGAUCCGAGUUUAGGGAACUUGGUUUCGUAUCAUUUCGUAAAGUGGAUAACUUGGCAGGGUCUAGCAGAUUUGAUCAACGGUUGGAGGAAAGACGUUCUGGAACUGGACCCUGUACCAGCUACAGAAGGGCCGAAUCUUGCAGAGACGCUGCAGGUGCCGUUCACUUAUUGCUGGUCUCCGGCUUUGGUUGCGAAGCCGCCGGAUUGGGGUUCCCAUAUAGAUGUAUGCGGGUUCUUUUUCAGAGAACCGCCUGCCUACGAACCACCGGCAGACCUUGUCGAAUUCAUCAACGCUGGUGAUACACCAAUUUACAUCGGUUUUGGGAGCAUCGUGGUCGAAAAUCCGGAGAAAAUGCUGUCUACUCUUCUACAAGCAGUUGAAGUGACCGGUGUACGAGCCAUCAUCUCCCGUGGAUGGUCUAACUUUGAAGCCCCUGGGAAUUUGAAUAUAUAUUCCCUCGGAAACUGUCCUCACGAGUGGCUGUUCCAGCAUGUGGCUGCUGUAGUGCAUCAUGGCGGCGCUGGUACGACCGCUUGUGGGUUGCGGUAUGGGAAACCGACCACGAUAGUCCCAUUUUUUGGAGAUCAAGCGUUCUGGGGGAGCAUCGUAGCUUCCGCAGGCGUGGGCCCGAGCCCUAUUCCACAGAAGUCUCUCACGGCAGAGAACCUGGUGGAUGCAAUUAAGUUCUGUCUAACUCCUUCUGCUGCAACUGCAGCGCGGGAUCUGGCUAGAAAAAUUAAUCGGGAAUCUGGAGUCCGGGCUGCAGUCGACUCAUUCCACGCUCAUCUCCCGCGGAACGAGAUGCAAUGUGAUAUACUUCUGGACCAACCUGCUGUCUGGAGGAUCAAACGGGGGAAGACAAUAGUACGAUUGUCAAAACUGGCAGCUUGUGCUCUGGUAAGCGAAGGACGUCUUCAGAGAAAGCAUUUAAAACGUCUCGAAACAAAGCCCAUCAUAAUCGAUAUCCGACGAUGGGACCCUUUCACGGCCAUCUCAUCAGCCUCACUGUCAACAAUGAGCGGCAUGGCCGAUGCCACAGCAGGCAUAAUCCUCGACCCGUACCGCGAAUACAAACGCCACCGAUCAAUAUCAAACCCGGAAGACACACCCACCACAGAUCCCCAAACCGGCAAUCCAAACCACGCCCGCCAAAUGCUGCUCCUCUCAGUGAUCAGCCUAGGCAAAUUCCUUGGCCGCGCCUCCCGCGGCGCCCUCCUCGACCUUCCCCUCGCCGCAACAGAAGGCAUGCGGUCCCUCCCGCGGCUCUACAGCGACCCCGUACGCAACCAAAACCCCAUAGUAUCCUUCGAAACCGGUGCGGCGGUUGCUUGGUCGACAUUCACGCAUGGCAUCUACGAAGGCGUCACAGAUAUCUUUGUGCAUACGUACCGUUCGAAGAGAGAACAGGGUGCGCUAGGCGUUGCGAAGGGGUUGACGAAGGGACUUGUUAGCUUGACGGCGAAGACUGGGAGUGCGACGAUGGGGUUAGUUGCGUAUCCGAGUCAAGGGGCUUAUCGGGGGUUAAGGAGUGGUUUUAAGAGGAGGGUUUGGGAUAGGAUUUGGGAGAGUAGGUGGGUUGAGGGAGAAACACUUCUUGGGCGGGAAGUAUGCGAUGUAGAGAGGGCUUGUGAAGUUUUUGAUGAGGCCAUGUGUUCGAGGGAGGUAUAG